GGAAGGGACGGUUUUAAGAGACGCACCUGUUUCUCUCCGCUCUGUUUCUCAUGUUUAUCAGAAAUAAGUCAGUUUAAACAGCAAAUAUUCCACUUGAAUAUGAAAUAGGCCACAUCCGUGUUUUUGUGAGUUUAAAGGCGAGGGAUGGAAGCUGUGGCGAGGCUGGUCUGCUCCGGAGACUCGGUCCUGGCUCCGGGGAAAGAUGUUGGCCGGGUCUCAGACUGUGGGACAAACACAGACCUGGACUGGGAGGAUCAGGUCAGGACCAUGAUCGAGUCUGGGUCCAGACUGAGCCAGGACUUCAACUCUGAGAAGCUGAAGGAGCAACAGGACGAGCUCGACUUCAACAAGAGGAAGAGCCAACUGACGAAGAGGAGGGACGAGGCUGUCAAACAGCACCAGGCUCUUCUGGAGAAGAUGGAGUCUGUACGGGUGAAGCUGCAGCUGAAUAACUCCAAAGCUACGAGGAAGAACUUCUUGUCCAAGAUCCAGGAAAUGACAACAGAGCGAGACCACGCCCAGGAAGAGCGUGAUAGGCUGGCAGCAGAGCUUGUGGAGGCGGAGUCUCAACUCUCAUCUCUGGAGGCGGAGCAGGGGGAGGAGCAGCGUCUCUGGGACCAGGAAAUGUCCGAGCUCAGGAGUCAAACUGAGCGCGCUCAGACCGAGGCGAAAGAGGCCAUGAACAAGGCCCAGAGGGACGAGCGAGUGGCCAUAGAGAAACAGAGAGACACGGCCAACGAGAGGAUCGAGAGCUGGCUCAACCAGGUGGGCGUGUACCUGAAUGGGCUGAGGGCGGAGCUUCCACAGCUGCACAGACAGGAGAAGGCUCAGUGGGAUUCCCGGGAGGCAGCAGUGAGGAGGAGACAGAAGGAGAUCCAGAGCACCUUCACUGAACUCCUGCUGAAGCUCGAGAGAGGACAACACCUGGAGACCCUGCCACAAGUGCCUCUACCGCAUCUGCCUCAAGUGCCCAUGGCGGAUCUGUACUUCCACCGUAUCAUGCAAAUCACCCCUCGCCCUCAGACUCCGCCCCCAACCCCUCCCCUUCUGCCCCUUCCCAAUGUUCGACCAAUCGGAGUCCCCCUCCUUGCGAAUCGGCCCAUACACGGCCACUUCCCUCUGCAUCUGCAUCCGCCUCCUCCGUUUCCAGGGCAACGAUUCCCGCAUCCAUUGCAUCAUCAUCCUCCCCCGCGCUUCGUUGUGACCUCGCUUCCUGUCCACGUCCCGCCUCCUCGAGCACAGACUCCUCCCCUUGUUAAUGCUACUGCUAACGCUUCUGCUAACGCUUCUGCUAAUGCUACUGCUAAUGCUACUGCUAAUGCUACUGCUAAUGCUACUGCUAAUGCAACUGCUAAUGCAACUGCCCCACCUGCUGCAGCCGUUGGGACACUGACCAAAAUUCUGGAGAAGUUGAGGGUUCAAUUCCCACAGUGCUCGGGCCCGGAGCUAACCAAACUGCUCCAACAGGUGAAGAUGGACCGCGGGACGUUAGCCGGACUCUCUAUGGAGGAGGUGAUAGAUCGGGUCAGGGUGAAGGUGGAGGCGUCUUCACCUGUCACCCCUGCGCCUGCUGCACCCGCCUCCCCUUCCACCCGAAAGCCCUGCCUCAUGUGCCAGAAGCCCAUCGACCCCGGAGCAAAGUUCGAGCUGAAAUGUUCCCACACAGUGCAUAAGGAGUGUAUCCAGGUGUGGCUAAAGUCCAGCAAGAGCAACAACUGCCCCUUCUGCCCCAACAAGUGACAACCUGACCCAAAACUGAACCAAAAACUACCGCAGUUGACCAUACACUGAAUGGACAUAGCUAACCUGCUAGCUGCCGCGUUCCAAAUAGCACGUCUUCAUGGCCACGUUUCAGGCUCCAUCGCCUCUGGCUUCAAUUCACUUUCUAUUGAAAAUCCAUCGCCCCUGUCUCUGUAACUGCAGCUCGUCAUUUGGUCAGAUUUGUCAUUUUGGUCUUAAAAUGUUUGUAUUAUAUAUGAACAUGAAUAACAGACCAAUCAGGCAUCUUCUCUCCCUGAGGUCACUCCUACCGGCAUUAGCAACAUGUUUUGAUUUAUUGUGUUGCUAAGCGCCUGUCCCCCGCUAACCGGUUGCUCUUCGGUUGCUAUGAUACUCAGUCAGAAUUUCAAAUAUGGAACUGGGCUCCAUGUUCGACCCUGUAACUGCGAGCUUCGUUUGGAUGGAGACGAAAGCAGUGGGUGACCUCACUCUCAAAACUGACAUAAAACUGUCCCAACGAGUGAAGAGAACGACCCCCAAGUACCGCCCCUCCUUUUGCCCUGGGGCAGACUGAUGACGGUGUGCCUAUUAUUCUGUGCCUGUGUUUUUCCUUCAAAAUUACAGUGAAAUGUUUGAUAGUUUUGUUAUAAAUGCCAAAGAUAAUCCCAAUGAGAACACAUCUGAUGCGUUCACGUGGCUUUAAUUCUCUUGUAAACAGGCUUUUGGUUGAUUGGAGUAAUAUCAUAUUUUGUAACUUAAAAUUAUGUCUGUAUUUGGAGAAUAAACUAUGAGCUACAACAAGCUCCCCCUGCUGUCAGCAACGGGACUCUUUAUCUGGUCCUUAUUUAUGAAUGCUAUGCUAACGUGAUGUGCUAUGCUAUCAGAGCCAUGUGUUUGUUGUGGCCACAAUUUUGCUGUAGAAUGAUUCGGUUGAUGGUUUAAUAAUCUAAAAUUAAAACCGGCAUAAUAAUGGCUUCAUUAAAGAGGGGGGGGGCAUCUUUUUUUUUCUUCCUACUAUGUUAUAACGUCGGCCCCUCAUCAAAAACCUGCCUGAAGAGGUUUUAGAUGUCACCCAUGCAUGUUUGAGUAAUCUAGCAAUCUCUCCCGGGCCCUAUUCAAACACUCCUUACGAUUAGCUGUAUGAGACUCCGCCCACAAGCCUACGUCACCCAUGCUCCC